ACGAACAAUUCCAUCAGCUGUAGCACUGUGACAACCAGUGAUACAGUGACAGCUUAUGACUAUUUCUGACACGCAGUUUUAAUUUAUGAUAUAAAUUACUAUUUUAUAUAUAAUCAUUUACUGCAAGAAAAGAAAAACAUGGAUGAAUCGAUUUUGUCGAGUCUGGAAAAGAGCGAGGAAAACUGUUCGUUUGAUGAAAUAAUUGGACAUAUAGAAGAUUUGUUGUUAGAGGAAGAUUUCCAAGCUCUUCAACACAAAUUUUUAGAAAAGUAUUGGAGCGUUUUCGAACCAGUAGAAGACAACAAGUUGAUUUAUACUGAUAUAUUUAAUGAAUAUAAUAAAGCUGUAGAAGCAUAUAUUGUGGAUUAUCUUAAGAAAGUCAUGCCACAAUUCACAAUAAACACACUUUUACAACAACUAAAUGAGAAACAAGCAGAACUGGAAGGUGAAGUUUUUGAAGUACUAUCAACAAUAACAGAUUUCUUGGCUUUUAAAGAAAUGUUUCUCGAUUAUAGAGCAGUUAAAGAAGGUAAAAUUGAUGACCUUAGUUGUGGAAUAACUGUAACAUCUUUGAAAUCUCCUAAUCUAAAAGAUUCUAAUAAUCCACCAAGAUAAUGUACACGAUUUUAGCAUUAAGAUGCUUUUUAAUCAAAAGAUACAGCUUAUAAAAAAAAACUUUGUAAUAUAAGUUAAAGACGUAAUAUAAGUUAAUCACUGUGUUCAAUAUUUAUUAUAUUAAUAGUUGUACUGUAAAAAUUUAUAUUUAUUGUCACACAUUUACAAAUAGAAAUAUAAAAAUAAUUCAAAUCACACUGGUCUUUUAAUGCACUUCACAUAAUUCUUUGUAAUAGCCUAUUAUAACGCUUGACAAAAUAUGGAAGCCAUCAAUAUAUACCUUCAUAAACAUGUGCAAUUUUAUUGCACUUAAAAUUAAAUAGAAGAAAUAAACUUUUGUAUGUAUUAUAUAAAAAAAUUAAUAAC